AUGAAUGAAGCGAAACCUAGUGAAGAACAUCGAACAACUGUGCCAGCUAAUUGUGCAGCAAUCGAUGCGCAUACGGUGGUGGCUGAUACUGAAAACUCAUUGAAAGGUACAAUUAUUGUGUCAAAUUGUGACAUUCAGUCUCUUACGAAAUCGACAGCUGCAUUGUCUCAAACUUUGGCACAUGCAAUUCAAGCAAAGACUACAAAUGCUAAUUCACAAGUUCAGGUGGAUACUAUCAGACAGCUGUCUGAUGGUACACUUGCUCUCGAUUAUCGAUGUACAGCUGUGUCUGAUACAGAGACAGCAAAAAUGGCAUUAAAUAAUGCUGUUCAAACAGAUGAUUUCAAGAAUGCUAUUGCUGUGACGACAAUUGUUGUUGCAUCUGAAGCAGGCGAAACAAGUCAACAGAAUAGAAACCGGCCUGAUGCACUGCGGCCAGCAUUCAGAGCACCGAAACAAGGUGGAUCUGCAUCGGCUGAAAAUACUCACAAACAUCCAGCAGACAAAGAAGCAAAACAUGGUGAAGGAAAACGGGAUGGAUCCCACGAAAAGCGUCCAGCAGAGAAAGAAGCAAAACAUGUUGAAGCGAAACCGAAUAGAUGCCACAAGAAGCGUCCAGUAGAGAAAGAAGCAAAACAUGGUGAGGGAAAACGGGAUGGAUCCCACAAAAAGCGUCCAGCAGACAAAGAACCAAAAGAUGGUGAAGUUACGUUUGUUGUGGGUGGUCCCAAUGGUGAAUCGACGAAGGCUGCCACGCCAACUGGAGCUGGAACCAAUGCUGCCACACCUACUGGAGCUACAACGAAGUCUGGAUCAGGUGGAAGUGCUGUAAAAUCAUCUGGUGAGUUGCGUGAACAUAGUUAG